AUGCACCAUCACGUGAAAGCCAUGACAAAUAACGAGGGGGCACGUGCGCCGUUGCCCUUUGGGGCGCUCCAGGGUCACGCGCCCGGUGGCAUUCCAGCCUACAGCAAUAAACAUGACAUGUUCUUCUCGGGUGAGCGCAGCAUCGAUGGGAAUCUUUUUUGCGGCUUCAAGUACCAAUGUGUCGAAUUCGCGCGCCGGUGGCUGUACGAGCGCAAACUGCUCGUUCUUCCUGAUGUGAACUGGGCGGUGCACAUCUUCCAGUUGAAGGAGGUUCACGACGCCCGCACGGCAGCACCCGUGCGCUGUGUGGCGGUGCGCAACGGUACGUCCGUGAAGCCGAUCGCCGACUCUCUCCUCAUUUACCCCUCUGAGGAAGACAACAUCGUCGGCCACGUCGCCGCGAUCACAGAGGUUGGCGACAACUGGGUGCGUAUCGCAGACCAAAACCACCGCUUUCACAAAUGGGAUGGCGACUACGCGGCGCAGCUGCCGCUCAAGUAUGAAAACGGCGUAUGGACAAUCGAGGACCCACUCGAGGACUGUGUGCUGAAGCCGCUCGGGUGGGUGACGUUCCCUGACACACCAGACCGCACACCAGAUGAGCCGCUGGUCCUCCACGAGUCGUUGCACUUUAAGACUCCGGAGAAGCCGUACCUGCGCCGUAUCACAUUUACCCCUAAGGAGCGGAAAAGCAACUGGCUGGACCCCACUAACGAGGCGGAGGCCCAGUUUAUCCGAGCAUUUGGCACGGAGGUUAGCCGCAAGGGCGAGAACCACGCAAGCUAUUACAAGAUGAACGUGGAGCUGCAUCUGGAUUGUACACGCUACGGCACUCAGCUACACAGCAUGUUUCUCGAGGCAACUGAGCAGGUGCUCGCGAGCGAUGAGAAGCUGACACUNGGCAUCCCAGAGGAGUACUGGCCGCGUAUCCGCCACUCCUGGAAGACUCAGCCGCACGCUAUCACUGGUCGGUUUGACUUUGCAUUCGAUGAAGAAACACAACAGUUUAAGUGUUUUGAAUAUAACGCCGACAGCGCAUCCACACUGUUGGAGUGCGGUGUCGUGCAGGAGAAGUGGGCAGAGUCUGUUGGACUUGCGGAUGGCACGACGCGGAGUUCCGGCAGUUACAUCGCCUCACGCCUGCGGCUAGCGUGGGAAAUGACAGGGUUAACCGGCCGUGUGCACUUCCUCAUCGACAAUGACGACGAGGAGCGAUACACUGCGAUGUAUGUCAUGGAGAAGGCACGCGAGGAGGGAAUCGACGCGAAACUGUGCGUUCUUUUCGAUGAGUUUCACUUCGAUGAGAAGGGCACUGUUGUGGAUUCCGACGGCAUCCCCGUGACGGCGGUGUGGAAGACGUGGAUGUGGGAGACGGCGAUCGGCGACCACCGCGAGGCGCGACAGCAGCGCGGUGCCAACUGGCAGCCCACACCGAAGGACAAGGUGCGCUUGUGCGACAUCCUCCUCAGCCCCAACUGGGACCUGCGCGUGUUUGAGCCUAUGUGGAAGCUGAUCCCCAGCAACAAGGCCAUCCUGCCCAUCAUUUACAACAACCACCCUGACCACCCGGCGGUGCUGCGCGCGAGCUACGAGCUGACGGACGAGCUGCGGCGCAGCGGCUAUGCGAAGAAGCCGAUCGUCGGCCGCGUCGGUCGCAACGUGAUCAUCACGGAGCCUUCGGGCAGCGUUGUGGCGGAGUCCGGCGGCAACUUCGGCGACCGCGACUUCAUCUACCAGGAGCUCUUCCGCCUGCCUAAGAAUGACGGCUACCACGCGAUCCUCGGUGGGUGGAUGAUCGGUGAUGUGUACAGCGGCACCGGCAUCCGCGAGGACAAGUCCAUCAUCACAGGCCUUGACUCGCCGUUCAGUGCGUUGCGCGUGUUCAUUGGCCGCCUGCCGAGGCCGCUCAGCCACGAGGACCUCGACAGGGCCGAGCGCGACGCCGUCAAGGCGGCGGAGUAA